UGGAAACCGAUGGGGAUGAGGGUAUAUAAACGGAAAGGCUUCUACGGAACGUCAGCAAAUCCUUCGACUUACAUAAGGACCCGAAAGUGUAUGUUGUGUGGAACUGAAAAUGAUGACUUGGAUUCCAGUUGCGUUGUUGGCAAUUGCCUGUUUCUUUCAGGAAGGAGAUGCGGCUAUUACGGCUUGGACUGAACCGACUAUAAAUUCAGCAGCCAGCGGAACUGGUUCAUAUUCUUUUGCUGAAAACAUUGCCACUGGAACAGGCGGUGUCAGUAAGACUAUUGCCGCUACUGGUACAGGUACUAUGGCAUACACAUUACUGACGAGCGGGACACCAUUUUCAAUUGCAAGCGCCACAGGUGUACUAUCCCUAGAUACGGCUCUUGACUAUGAAACGACAACAACAUAUACGAUAGAAAUACGGGCUGUGGACUCUGCUUCGCCUGCGGGUUCCGGUACAGCCACAAUUACUGUGACAGUCACAGAUGUAAAUGAAGCUCCAACAUUUACAGCAGCAGCAUUUGGUGUCUGCAUCUCCGAUGCUUCCACUGCUGGAACAACUUUAACAACAGUGACUGCAACCGAUCAAGAUUCGGGAGACACCAUUACAUACAGUAUUGCUGGCGACAGCACGAACACCGACUUCAGUAUUGCUUCAACCGGUGUUAUCACAGUGGCAACAGGAAAAACACUUGCAGCAUCUACAACGGCUGCUUAUGCCCUGCAGAUUGAGGCUGCAGAUAACGAUGGAACACCACUGACUGGAACAACAACAGUUGGCGUACUUGUUCAAGCAUGUUCAUCUGGGUCGGCUGCUCUGCUUGCAAGCUCUGUCCUGGUACUGAUGAUGGGUUUCACCAUGCUGUUGAAAUAAAACACAAAUAAGCUGAAGGAUGUGUACUAAUCAUUUCAAAUGGCAUAUUGUGACGUUGUAAAUCGUGUGUUGUGCGGUCAUAAGUCGAUUGUUUCGACGGCAUAAGUAGAAUGGUAUGACGUCAUAAGUCGAGUGCUGUGACAAAUGAUAUGUCCAUCCUGUGCAAAAAGACAUUUUAUGGCCAUGUAGAAAUUACAUUUAUAACCGAAAUCAAAGUCGAGUAACACUCUUUUAUAAAUACAAAUAAAUUUACUCGUAGUAGUCAAAUAAUUUCACCAGAAAUAGUUAUAAAGACUGCAAAUUUGGGUUUGGAUCAAUUAUUUUUUAUGAGACGUAUAAAUUUAAUGUGAAAUACCCGGUAAGCUGAUUCCUUUUCUUUAAUAAACGUAUCUUAUUUAUCAAAUGAAUACUUUACCUGGAAACAAAAUAGUCCCUCGAAGGAUGAUGCGGAUUUACAAAAAUUCUGAUCAAAAUCUACGCUUUAAGCUAACUAUAUAUAAAUAAAUAGAAAUAUAAUAUUCCUGAGUAUUAAUCACUAUAAAGCGGAUAGUCAAGAGGUGAUAACAUGCAUUCAUUAUUUGUUAAAUCUGAUAAACAUUCAUUUUAAGAUAAUUUUUACCCCAAAAAAUAACGAGAAGUGUACUUACAAUUUCACAACUUACUGUGUGUUUUGUGUGUGAGUGAAUUUUGUUACAACAUAGGCUUUCCCAUUAAUGAAAUGGCAGACAUUGAAAUAUGGGUCAGUCUGUGCCUCUUACUCUUCUUUUAGCCUGGCUUCAAUAACAUGUUACAUUUAACUUUGUAAUAUUGCAGUUAAUUACGUCAACGUAAACAGCGUUUUGAAGUUUAAUAUUCCUUUUACAACGAGAUAUCACACAGUAACGACAAUAAAAAGUAAUUAUCAUUUUAAGGAUACAAAUCACAGUUUUAUUUAUUGGUUUUGUGGUACUUAAUAGAUAAAAUUAUACAGUUGAUAAUGUUUUACAGUUUAUAGCAGCUUACUAUCUUUUCUGCUCUUUGUGUUUUGAAAUAAAUCUUUAAAAAACACG